UUAUUCCUUGGAAUCUUCGCUCAACAGUCCGUUUCCAAAAUGUCUUCAACUUUAGAUCAACUGAAAACUUUCACUACAGUAGUUGCUGAUACUGGUGAUAUCCAAGCUAUUGGUAAAUACAAACCUACUGAUGGAACGACCAAUCCUUCUCUUCUACUGGCUGCUUCUAAAAUGCCUGAAUAUGAACACAUUCUUGGUGAUGCUGUCAAGUUUGGAAAGGAAAAUGGAGGGACACUUGAGCAACAAGUUACAGCUGCAAUGGAUAAACUGUAUGUCUCAUUUGGUGUUGAGAUUCUAAAGAUUAUCCCUGGAAGAGUUUCAACAGAAGUGGAUGCAAGAUUGUCUUUUGAUGUUGAGGGAUCUAUUGCUAAAGCAAAGAGAUUUAUAGAACUCUACGAGAAACAAGGMAUCAGUAAAGAAAGAGUGCUAAUCAAACUCAGCUCCACCUGGGAGGGGAUUCAAGCUGCCAGAAUCCUUGAAAAGGAUCAUGGUAUUCAUUGCAAUCUGACGUUACUGUUUUCAUUUGCCCAGGCUGUUGCUUGUGCUGAAGCAGGAGUGACUCUCAUUUCACCAUUUGUUGGUCGUAUCUUUGAUUGGUAUGUCAAGAAUACAGACCAGAAGUCAUUUGAGCCCCAUGAUGACCCAGGAGUAAAGAGUGUUACUGCCAUCUAUAACUACUACAAAAAGUUUGACUAUAAAACAAUAGUGAUGGGAGCUUCCUUUAGGAAUACAGGACAGAUAACAGCAUUGGCUGGCUGUGAUAACUUAACUAUAAGCCCAUCACUACUUGAGAAAUUACAAAACUCACAAGAAGAACUAAAAAGGGAAUUAUCGGUUGAACAAGCUCAAGMUUUGGAUAUCCCCAAACUUCAAUUAGAUGAGAAGAAAUUUCGUUGGCUACUUAAUGAAGAUGCYAUGGCAACAGAAAAAUUGGCUGAAGGAAUCCGCAAGUUUGCAGUGGAUGCUGUCAAGCUAGAAGACAUGAUUAAACAACAACUACAGAAAGCUUAAAUGACACAAGCUAUGAUUUGAUGGUUUCUUUUGCUGCUUUUUAUGUUGUUUUUUUUUUCUCUCAAAAGAUAUUGCAGUGAUUUGAAUUGAAACUACACUAAUUUUGUAAGUAAUAAAAAUAAACUAGUGAAAAUUUGGAACACUUUUAUAAUACAGUUGCCUUAACUACAAAUCAUUGUCAAUGAAAUGAAUCUAAUUAGCAUAAGUAUUGUUUGAUAAUAAAAUCAAAACUUAACCAUA